AUGGAGAAGGCACCUGUGAAAGGAGGGCCUUUGCAGUCGGUGCAGGUUUACGGGCGCAAGAAAACAGCCACAGCUGUAGCCCAUUGCAAAAGAGGAAAUGGUCUUAUCAAAGUGAAUGGACGCCCACUGGAGAACAUUGAGCCUCAAAUUCUCAGGGCAAAGCUUCAAGAACCAUUGUUACUUUUGGGAAAGGAGAAAUUUGCUGGUGUUGACAUCCGAGUGAGGGUCCGAGGAGGUGGUCAUGUGGCACAGAUCUAUGCUAUCCGCCAGUCCAUCUCCAAGGCUCUUGUUGCAUACUACCAGAAAUAUGUAGAUGAAGCAUCGAAGAAGGAAAUUAAGGACAUUCUCAUCAGUUACGACCGAACGCUGCUGGUCGCCGAUCCCAGACGGUGCGAGCCCAAAAAGUUUGGAGGACCUGGUCCACGUGCUCGUUACCAGAAGUCUUACCGUUAAAAUUAUUUGUACAUUAUCGGCUAAUAAAUGUAGCGACCAA